AUGAAGUGGAGAAAGGGUGACGUUGUGAUGGUUGAUUGGAAGGGCUGUUUCUACAAGGCCAAGAUCAUCGGUGUUACCGAAAGUGACGGCGAGACUCAUUACAAGAUCCAUUACGAUAGCUGGUCUUCAAAGUGGGAUCAAGUCAUUCCGGAAAGCGAGACGGAUAAAUGGGAAGCAUUUACUGCAGAAGCUCAGGAAGCUGCAAGGAAGCAAAUCAAGGGCUUGAAGACUCGAACCAAAGGGCGUAAGCGACAUGCUGCAGACGGUGGCGAAAGCGAUGCAACUCCAUUUGCGCCGAAGAAGAAAGCAACUAUGAAAGACGCAACGGAACAAACAUCUCGGCUUGAUUUGACUCGAACCAAAGGGCCUUCGGAUGAAGAAGAGAUGACGGUUGAAGUUCAAUAUGUAAAUGGGAAGAAGGUCACUGAAAAAACAACCAAGCACGAAUUCACUGCUUUUGCGCACAUGGUGGAGCAUUUGCUCAACUCGAUGUUCACCAGGUGCCUCUGUGUUGAUCAGGACAAACAGCAAGUCCAGCGACUUGGGGAUGAACUUUUGAAGAUGAACAAGGGCGAUAACGACGAUUUGAUGAAGCCAUUCGUGCCUUCUGAGCAUUUCGGUGUUGUGUAUCUGCUUCGUCUCUUCGUGAAGAUCCACGGUGAUUCCGAUUUCAUCGAUGCAUGUGAUCGCUACAGCUUUGUCAAGCACAGCUCUGACUUUAUGAAACAUUUGCUCGACAAUAUUGGUAAUUACUACGACAAAGAUGCCUACAACGAGACUGACCGUUCCGAUCGUUCGGCUGCC